CACUGAUCCGCGUGUAAAAUUUAGAAACAAGUGUUCAUAAAACUGUGGUUCAGUUGCCAAAAUUUGGGGGAGAAAUGGGUGGACUUUGUUUCCAACCAAACCAAUCAGGGGAGGGUGGCAAUGCAGUUAGAUAAGUGUGUCGCAUUUUUUGCCCCAAGAACUGGGUCACACUAGCAAAAGGACCAGCUGUUUCUUCUUCAUAAUCUCUAAAAUCCACUUGUCAACUUCUCUUUAUAUAUUCCAUUUUCUUCUCCAUAUCAAAAGGAUGCAGUCUGCUAAGCCUAUGCAGUGACAACCUUUCAAAUUUCUGGGUUCUUUUUUUUCUGUUUGUAUUGUGAAUAGAAAGGGAAAGAGCACUCUUCAAAUUCUUUGAGAUCUGGGAAUUACAAUCUCAGGGUUCACAGUGAGGAAAGAUACGAUGGGGAAGAAAGGAAAAUGGUUGUCUUCUUUGAAGAAAGUGUUCAGCCCAGAUUCCCAGGAAAAAAAAAACCAGAAAUCAAAACAGCAGUUGUUGGAGAAGCAGGUGCAUUUGGGUUCCAGUGAUUCUGGUGCAGCCACUUUAGAAACUGUCAGCUUGUCCCCUCCUCCGCCAGAAGAAGUUAAACCGAUUGAAGCUGAAAGCAAGCAGACUUACCCUGUGGUAGUUGCCAGUGCUGCUGCUUCACCUCAGGCUGCCGUAGAGGUUGUUCAACGUCAGCUUAAUAGAGAUGCUCUGUUCGCUGGAAAAUCUGAGGAGGAAGUGGCAGCAAUAAAGAUCCAAACAACUUUCCGAGUUUACCUGGCUAGAAGGGCAUUGCAUGCUUUAAAAGGAUUGGUCAGGCUGAAAUCAUUGAUGGAAGGGCCUGUGGUCAAGAGGCAAGCAGCAAGUACUCUUCGGUGCAUGCAAACGCUUUCUCGUCUGCAGUGUCAGGUUCGAAUUAGGAGAACCAGGAUGACUGAAGAAAAUCAGGCUCUUCAGAGGCAACUCUUGCAGAAACAUGCAAAAGAGAUUGUGAACUUGCAGAUGGGGGAAGACUGGGAUUACAGCCUGCAGUCAAAGGAACAAAUCGAGGCAAGCUUACUUAGCAAGCACGAGGCAGCUAUGAGAAGAGAAAGGGCCAUGGCAUAUUCAUUUACUCAUCAGCAAACCUGGAAGAAUGCUUCAAGAUCUAUGAAUCCGUUAUUCAUGGAUCCAAACAAUCCCUCAUGGGGAUGGAGUUGGUUGGAACGAUGGAUGGCAGCACAACCACAGGAGGGUCGUGGUACAACAGAAAAGGAACAGAACGACCAGUCAUCCAUAAGGAGUGCACGCAGCAACUUUGGAGGAGAAAUCAGCAAAGCUUAUGCUCGCUACCAACUCAAUUUGGAUAAGCAAUCCCCAAAGGCUGGCCAAAAGCCGAACCAAACAUCAAGUCUCCUAUCCGUUUCAACUCCUAAGACAUCAGCUUCAAUACCUGCCCGAAAGCUGAAGUCAGCAAGCCCUAGAAGCAGUGUGGUCGGUCCAGAUGAUGACGGAAGAAGCAUGGUGAGCAUUCAGUCAGAAAGGAACCGUAGGCAUAGCAUUGCAGGCUCCUCAGUGCAUGACAAUGAGGGCCUAGGAAGCUCUCCAUUGCUUCCAAGUUACAUGGUACCGACUGAAUCCACAAGAGCUAAGACCCAGUUGCAAAGUCCGUUGGGACUAGAAGCCAAUGGAACACCUCGGAAGGGACCGAUUGCGUCUGCCAAGAAACGCCUUUCUUAUCCACCUUCACCAGCUAGGCCAAGGCAGCACUUACUAAUACAGAAGUUGGUGUCAUGAAUGGAAAGGGCAGUUAGUCAUAAAAAAUAUAAUAUUAAAGAAUGCAAGCAUCUGUACGUGGGUAUGGAGAAGUCCAAAAGGAGCAAAAAGGGGGGGGGGGGUUGAGGGGAAGGAAGCAAGGAGGAACUAUAGUCAUUUGAUUUCUAAAGUUUUUAAUUCAUUAAUGCCUGAGUGGUUUUUGUUGGGGUAUAAUUUUUUGCUGGGAUGCGCUGUUAUCUAACAGAUCCUUUUCAAUUCAUACAUCUUUGGGUUUUUUUUU